AUGAGGCUGGACUGGAGGUGGGCUGGGCGUUCCGCCCCAUCCUGGCUGACCCGCCUCCACUGCAUCCUUCACAAUGGCAAAAACCCAGCCCACCAUUUGACAACCAAGUUCUACCAGCAUAUUUUGGCUCUGGUGUUUGCCAUCAAGGAGAUCAAUACAAAUGUGAAGAUCCUACCCAAUGUCACUCUUGGUUUCCACAUCCACUCCAGCUAUUUUGAUGCAAGGAUGACCUACCGUUCCACUCUAGACUUGCUCUUCAAAUCACAUCAUUUUAUACCCAACUACCUCUGCAGUGUCCAGAAAAAGCUGAUAGGAGUCAUUGGAGGACUUAGUUCAGAUACUUCUUCAUGCAUGGCAGACAUCUUAAGUCCUUACAAGGUUCCACAGUUUUCAUAUGGCUCAUUUGAAUCUGCAGUAACCGAUGAAACUCCGUUCCCUUCCUUUUAUCGCAUGGUUCCCAAUGAGGCCCUUCAGUACGUGGGAAUUGUCCAGCUACUUCUGCGUUUCAGCUGGAGAUGGGUUGGGCUCAUCACUAUGGAUGAUGAAGGUGGAGAACAUUUUUUGCAGGCACUGGAGCCAAUGCUUUCCAGGAAGGGAAUCUGUGCAGCCUUCAUAGAAAGGGCUCCAAGGAAGCUCCAUUUUGAUAAUGCGGAAGAAAUGAUCAGAAACUUUUACAGUAAUCGUUCAAAUUUCCUGGACAGCAAAGCCAAUGUAGUCAUCAUCUACGGAGAACCAGCCACUAUUAUGUGGCUUGCUCUCCUUUUAUGGACACGCACAGUAUGGAUUCCUCUACCAGAGUCUGAAAAUCCAGAGAGAAGCUCUGCAGGGAAGGUGUGGAUUACAACUGCCCAGAUUGAUUUUGCAUUCCUUGUUUUUCAAAAGAAUUUCGAUAUACAAAUGUUUCAUGGUGCUCUUUCUUUCUCAAUUCACUCCAAUGAAAUCUCAGAAUUCCAAAAGUUCCUUCGUAUUAUUCAUCCUGCUUGGGCCAAAGGGGAUGGUUUUAUCAAGGACUUCUGGGAACAAGCUUUUGACUGUUUAUUUCCAAAUUCCAGAGAACCAACAAAGGUGGAAGAUAGAUGUACUGGGAAGGAGAGACUGGAGAGUGUGCCAGCCAUAUUUUUUGAAAUGAGCAUGACUGGCCACAGUUACAGUAUCUAUAAUGCUGUCUAUACUGUGGCACAUGUCUUACAUAUCAUGCACUCACGCACUGCCAGCCACAAUGCAACUGAAGAUGGGAACAGACAGACUUAUCUGCAUGUGGAGCCCUGGCAGCUCCACUCAUUUCUUCGACGAACUUCAUUCAACAACGGUGUUGGAGAUGAAAUUACAUUUAAUGAGCAUGGAGAAUUAACAGCUGGUUUUGAUAUAACAAACUUGGUCACUUUCCCAAAUAACUCUUAUGUCAGAGUCAGAGUUGGAAGGCUGGAUGUUCAGAGUCCUCCAGGGAAAGAGCUCACCAUUCACAAGGACAGAAUCCAGUGGCUCAGGGGCCUCCCUCAGCUGCCUCCCUUCUCUGUGUGUAAUGAAUUCUGCAAGCCUGGUUUUAUCCGAAUAAAGAAGGAUGGAGAGAAAUUUUGCUGCUAUACUUGUGCUCCUUGUCCAGAAGGGAAGAUGUCAGACAAAGAAGACAUGGAUUACUGUAUGACUUGCCCAGAAGACCACUAUCCAAACAAGGACCAAGAUCAAUGCAUCCCCAAGAUUCCAAGAUUCCUUUCAUUUGGAGAUACUUUGAGCAUUAUUUUAGCCUUCUGGGCCCUUUCCUUUUCUCUGAUUGUAGCUCUGAUGUUUAGAAUCUUCAUCAAAUACCGGGACAGUCCCAUCGUCAAGGCCAAUAACCGGAGUCUCACCUAUGUUCUCCUUAUCUCUCUCCUCCUUUGCUUCCUGUGUUCUUUGCUCUUCAUUGGACAACCAAACCAGGUGACCUGCCUUUUCCGACAAACAGCUUUUGGCAUCAUCUUCUCAAUUGCUGUUUCUUCAAUCUUGGCAAAAACCACUACAGUGGUGAUAGUGUUUAUGGCCUCCAGCCCAGGAAACAUUUUCCAAAAAUGGCUGGGGAAAAGACUGGCACAUUCCGUUGUCAUUUCCUGCUCCCUUGUUCAAGUAGGCAUUUGUGCUCUUUGGUUGGGUAUUUCUCCCCCAUUCCCAGAUUUGGACAUGCAGUCACUGACUGAAGAAAUUAUAGUUCAAUGCAACGAAGGUUCAGUCACCAUGUUUUACUUUGUUUUGGGCUAUAUGGGUUUUCUUGCCACAGUGUGCCUCAUUGUGGCUUUUCUUGCUAGGAAGUUACCUGACACUUUUAAUGAAGCCAAGUUCAUUACCUUCAGCAUGUUGGUCUUCUGUAGUGUUUGGCUCUCCUUUGUCCCCACCUAUCUGAGCACCAAAGGAAAAGACAUAGUGGUGGUGGAGAUCUUCUCCAUUUUGGCCUCCAGUGCUGGCUUACUGGGCUGCAUCUUUUUGCCCAAAUGCUAUGUAAUUAUACUGAGGCCUGAACUCAACAACAAAGGGCAACUGAUUAAGAAAAAAAAGUGA